AAGGGCGAUAAAUGGUCAAUGCAUAAUCUUGCCUUAUGUUACUACAAUGGUAAAGGGACAGAGAAGGACUUGGGAAUGGCCUUUCACUGGUUUCAGAAAGCGGCAGAGAAGGGUCAUGAAGGGUCAAUGCACGGUCUCGCCUUACAAUACUACAAUGGUGAAGGGACAGAGAAGGACUUGAUAAUGGCCUUUUACUGGUUUCAGAAAGCAGCAGAGAAGGGUGAUGAAAGGUCAAUCUACAGUCUUGCCUUACAAUACUACAAUGGUGAAGGGACAGAAAAGGACUUGGAAAUGGCCUUUUACUGGUUUCAAAAAGCAGCAGAAAAGGAUAAUGAAAGGUCAAUGUACAGUCUUGCCUUACAAUACUACAAUGGUGAAGGGACAGAAAAGGACUUGGAAAUGGCCUUUUACUGGUUUCAGAAAGUAGCAGAAAAGGGUCGUGAAGAGUCAAUGUAUGGUCUUGCCUUAUGUUACUACAAUGGUGAAGGGAUAGAAAAGGACUGGAAAAUAGCCUUUCAUUGGUUUCAAAAAGCAGCAGAAAAGGGUUAUAAAGGAUCAAUGCAUGAUCUUGCCUUACGAUACUAUAAUGGUGAAGGGAUAGAAAAGGACUUGAAAAUGGCCCUUCACUGGUUUCAUAAAACGGCAGAGAAGGGUCAUGAAGGGUCAAUGCACAAUCUUGCCUUACAAUACUACAAUGGUGAAGGGACAGAAAAGGACUUAGAAAUGGCCUUUCACUGGUUUCAAAAAGCAGCAGAGAAGGAUAAUGAAAGGUCAAUGCACAGUCUUGCCUUACAAUACUAUAAUGGUGAAAGGACAGAAAAGAACUUGAAAAUGGCCUUUUAUUGGUUUCAAAAAGCUGCAGAGAAGGGUUAUGAAGGAUCAAUACAUAGUCUUGCUUUAUGUUACUACAAUAGUAUAGGGAUAGAGAAGGACUUGAAAAUGGCUUUUCACUGGUUUCAAAAAGCUGCAGAGAAGGGUUAUGAAGGAUCAAUGCAUGAUCUUGCCCUACGAUACUAUAAUGGUGAAGGGACAGAAAAGGACUUGGAAAUGGCCUUUUACUGGUUUCAGAAAGCGGCAGAGAAGGGUUAUAUAUGGUCAAUGCAUGGUCUUGCCUUACAAUACUACAAUGGUGAAGGGACAGAAAAAAACCUGGAAAUGGCUUUUCACUGGUUUCAGAAAGCAGCAGAAAAGGGUUAUGAAGGAUCAAUACAUGAUCUUGCCUUAUGUUACUAUAAUGGUGAAGGAACAGAGAAGGAUUUGAAAAUAGCUUUUCAUUGGUUUCAAAAAGCAGCAGUGAAGGGUAAUGAAAGGUCAAUGCACAGUCUUGCCUUACGAUACUACAAUGGUGAAGGGACAGAGAAGGAUUUGGAAAUGGCCUUUCACUGGUUUCAGAAAGCAGCAGAGAAGGGUUAUGAAGGAUCAAUGCAUAAUCUUGCCUUACGUUACUAUAAUGGUGAAGGAACAGAAAAGGACUUGGAAAUGGCUUUUUACUGGUUUCAAAAAGCAGCAGAGAAGGGUUAUGCAUCAUCAAUGCAUUAUAUAGCCUUUUAUUACUAUGAUGGUAUAAAAGGAAUAGAGAAGGACUUGGAAAUGGCCUUUCACUGGUUCCAGAAAGGGGCAGAAAAAGGUGAUGAAGGAUCAAUACAUAGUCUUGCCUUACGAUACUAUAAUGGUGAAGGAACAGAGAAGGACUUGGAAAUGGCUUUUCAUUUGUUUCAGAAAGCAGCAAAGAAGGGUUAUAGCUUAUCAAUGCAAAAUCUUGCCUUCCUAUAUGACAAUGGUGAAGGAAUAGAGAAGAACUUGGAAAUGGCCUUUCACUGGCUUCAAAAAGCAGCAGAAAAGGGUAAUGAAAGAUCAAUGUAUGAUCUUGCCUUACAAUAUUACAAUGGUAAAGGGACAGAAAAGGACUUAGAAAUGACCUUUCACUGGUUUCAGAAAGCAGCAAAGAAGGGUCAUAAAGAGUCAAUGCAUGGUCUGGCCUUAUGUUAUUACAAUGGUGAAGGAAUAGAAAAGAACUUGGAAAUGGCCUUUCACUGGUUUCAAAAAGCAGUAGAGAAUGAUCAUAAAGGGUCAAUGUAUGAACUUGCUGUAUGUUAUGACAAUGGUGAAGGGACAGAAAAGAACUUGGAAAUGGCCUUUCAAUGGUUUAAAAAAGCAGCAGAGAAGGAUUAUAAAGAGUCAAUGCACAAUCUUGCAAUAUGUUAUGAAAAGGGUGAAGGAACAGAGGAAAAUUUGGAAAAAGGCUUUUAUUGGCGCAAAAAAACUAAUAAUAAUUUUAAAUUUAAUGACUUAUGUAAGGGAUGCAAUCAACUAUUUAUUGAUUACAGAUGGUGCCAACAAUGUAAUAUUAAACAAUUUCAGCAAAAUUUUUCAAAAUGGACUAGUAAAAAUAAAUUUAUUGAUAAAUUUAUUCAAGAAGCACAACUAAAUUCUAAAAGUAUUUAUGAAGUUUUAGAAUGGAUACCUUAUAAUAAAUUGAAUAAUAUUAAUUAUUAUGAUAAAGGAGGAUUUAGUGAAAUUUAUAGAGCUAUCUGGUUAGAUGGACCUAUUGAUAGUUGGAACUUUGAUGAACAACAAUGGAAUAGAUGGACUGAAUAUGAAGUUAUUCUUAAAAAUCUUAAUAAUUCAUCAAGUUUAAGUGAUAAAUUUUUAGAUGAGUGGAAACAUCAUUAUAAUUGUCAGAAAAAAUCAUUUUCAAAAUUUAUUCAAUUCUUUGGAAUUUCUCAAGAUCUAAAUAAU